AUGUCCCACCGUCUCACACCCGCCACCGUCAAUGCGUCCCAGGAGACCUACCAGGUCUCCACCAAGGCGACCAACCACCCCAUGAGCGGCACCCACGACACCUUCCGCUACGGUCUUACCUCGGCCGCCCAGAGCGUCGCUGCCGGCAACGCUUCCCCACUCCAGGCCCGUCUCGAGAAGGAGACCCAGCAGCAGCUCCAGUCGACCGUGCAGCGCAACAACUUUGGUGUCGCCGUCCCCCUGAGGAAAGCCAUGGAGCUCAAGCUCGUGGCUACCGAGAACCACCACCCGCUCCUGCUCCAGUCGACCUCGUCCGGUCUGCCCCUCGGCGGCUCGCACAACACCUCGCUCGAGAUCCUCCAGGGCACCGACGAGUCGAUCGACGCCGAGGACUUUAUGGCCGGCGGUGCCGACCUCCGUGAGGUCCUCGACAUGAGCGCCGUCAUGGAGCGCAGCCGCGGCAUUUAG